CCAACCCUUCACACUCUCCGGUCUCCCUCUCGCUCCUUCAACAACAUAAUUCAUUUCUCGAAGAUCUGCAGAACGAAACUCUCCAUCUUUUUCUCUUCAAACAGAAAAAGGAAAAAAAAAAAAGGGUUGUUUUCUCUCUCUCUAAAUCAAAGCCAUGACCGACCCCAUCGAGCCAUCAACGUCAACAAGCGACCCGAAUCCGACUCGGAGCCCGACCACUCUUCUCCACCCGCGACGCGAGCCUUUCGAGCACGGCCUCCUGCCAAUCCAGAAGCUCAUAUUCACCGACCCGGUCCAAGCCCUAACCCCUCUCAAGCAAAAACUCGCAUCAUCUUCAACUCACCGAGUCGACUCGGUGACCCUCGCUGGCGCGCUCCAGAUCUCAGCGGACCAUGCGCGUCUUGUCCUCGACACUGUCGCCUCGGUGCUCCAUUCCGAAUCCGACCCGCUUGUCACAGCCCGAAGCGACGACGUCGACUCCGUGGGUGCCGAUUUGCGUGAUCUGAUCCUGUUUUUGUAUAUUCAGUCGUAUAAGAGGCUUUUGCCGCGCUCGCACAAGGACUCCGCUGCAGUUGCCGAUGUUUGGCCUUCCACGUCAGCAUUCGACGGUUACUUGUCGGCCCUUUCGCCUUUGCAGCUUGUUCGCAGCAACAGCCGUCGAUUUAUGCCAUCACAGGCUGAUGAAGAGGCCCAUCAGCUGUCCUAUCUGCAGAAGCAUUUAGCAAAUAUUCUCUCUCUUUUGUCAGAGCCCGUGGAGGGGGAAGGCGAAGAGUCUCUGGUUUUGACCAUGGAAGGAUUUGAGCACCUUGGGUUUCUGAUUCAAUUUGGCGAUAAGGGAUCUGAUGGAGUUCCUUUAAGCCAAGCUGCUCCAUUUUUUGCUAAUUCAGAUCCAGACAUGCCUGCUGUUCCUGUUCCAGCGGCACAAGUUCAUGAUUGGCUUCUACAGAAUAUAGCUUCUUCUUUGGAGCAUGUUACUGAAAAAAUUUCUGCAAAGGAAAAUGGACCUCCAAGUGGUUCUGAUCAGGAUGUUGCUAUGGCUGAUGCUAGUCCAAGUUCAGUCAAAGCCUCACCAAGUGCUAGGGGUCCAUGUUUCAUUGAGGGGGUCUCUAAAUCAUCAUACGUAAAGCAGGCAUCUGAUCUUAAAAAUUCUUCUCUGAAGGUCAUUAAUUGCCAUGAUUCAGUCAUUUACAUUUUAGCACCUUUGAGAUAUGCCACCAUUUAUGGAUGCUCUGAUGCUACUAUAGUUCUUGGAGCCGUUGGGAAGGCAGUACGAGUUGAACACUGUGAACGAGUUCAUGUAAUUAUAGCGGCAAAACGAGUCUGCAUUGCCAAUUGUCGUGAGUGUGUAUUCUUUUUGGGAGUGAACCAGCGACCCCUCAUUGUUGGUGAUAACCACAAGCUGCAGGUGGCACCGUAUAACACAUUCUACUCUCAGUUGGAGGAGCAUAUGACUGAAGUUGGCAUUGAGUCAACUAUCAAUAGAUGGGAUGCACCUUUGGCGCUUGGGGUGAUUGAUCCACAUGAUUCAUUAUCUCAUCCCGCGGGUGUUUCUGAUGCUCAAGCUGAGUCAGCUACACGCCUAGAUCCUGAUCAGUUUACAAAUUUUCUGAUUCCAAACUGGUUUGAAGGUGAAUCCACUGGGUCAACAAAGGAUAACCCAUUCCCCUUGCCUGAUACGUACUUGACAUCUCAACAGAGAAAUCAAAAGAAUUUAGGUGAGAUAAAGCAAAUUUUGAGAGAAGCUCCCCUUGAAGAAAAUCGAAAAAGAGAAUUAUCAUGUGCUCUUCAUGUAUACUUCAAGGACUGGUUAUAUGCUUCUGGAAAUAUCCGUCAGCUCUACUGCCUACAGGGUGACUGAUAUCUCACAGUUAUGCCUCAUCAUUAGACGAGGUAUAGAAGGAUGCUUUAUGGUUUUGUUUCAGUUUCAAUCAACCCCUUUGCCAGUUCCUCAGGUCAUAUCUGUGGGUACUACAGGCUGUUGAGAAUCAUCCUUGUAAUUUGGAACGGCAUAAAAAUUUUAUGGAUUGGCUCUUGUGCACAGAAUGCGAAUUAGAAAUACAUUUGCUAGUCUCAAUGUAA